CUCCCAUUGCCUCUCUAUUUCGCUGCCCUUUAAAAUUACCCGUCAUUUGAUACUGGGUCUUCUAGAGAGAGAGAGAGAGAGAGAGAGAGAGGGCGGGACCUAGGGAGGGGAGCAUACAUCUGCUGUAGAGAUAGAAACCCUAAAAUUACGGAGAUAUAGAGACAGAGCAAUGUCUGGAGGCAUAGCGCGUGGUCGUCUUGCUGAGGAGCGAAAGGCUUGGCGCAAAAACCAUCCCCAUGGUUUUGUAGCGAAGCCGGAGACUUUGCCUGAUGGGUCGGUGAAUUUGAUGGUGUGGCAUUGCACUAUUCCUGGAAAACCUGGUACUGAUUGGGAGGGUGGUUACUUUCCACUUACACUCCACUUUAGUGAAGAUUAUCCUAGCAAGCCUCCAAAAUGUAAAUUUCCUCAAGGUUUCUUCCAUCCUAAUGUCUACCCUUCUGGAACUGUUUGCCUGUCAAUCCUUAAUGAAGAUAGUGGAUGGAGACCAGCCAUCACUGUGAAGCAAAUUCUGGUGGGUAUCCAGGACCUGCUGGACCAACCAAAUCCGGCUGAUCCUGCACAAACUGAAGGUUAUCAUCUCUUUAUCCAGGAUGCUGUGGAGUACAAGAAAAGGGUUCGCCAGCAAGCCAAGCAAUACCCUCAUCUUGUGUAAUGUGAAAACUUCUAUAUCUAAGAACUGCUGGUUUAUGGUAACUAUUAGUUGCCCCACAAUUGUGUAAUGUUAAACUAGCUUUUGCUAAUAGUUGAUGGCAUUUGGUAAUUGUCACUGGCCUUUAUGUGUGACUGCAUGGUUGGACUGGCAUUUCAGCUCCACAGAUUUGGGAUUUGGGUUAAUCUUCGUUGAUAUGUCGCAGUAUACUGGUCAGCCAUUGUUACUCAUUGGUGUUUAUAGCAGUUAAAAUCUAAAAUUUAAGUUA